AUGUGCCCCCCGGUCAGCGCGCGGUACGGGGGCGAGGGCACGUCCUACCUCCAUGCAGCCUGGGUGUACCAGCUUCAGCAUGGCGACCAGCUGGGGGUCUGCUUCGCUUGCUUCAAGGCCGCCUUUCUGGAGCUCCGAGACUUGCUGGAGUGGGAAGACUGGGAAGAUGAAGCCUGGGACCCCGAGCUGAUGGGCCCCACCGAGGCGGGGCCCGAGCAGGGGGGGUCCCCGGGGAUGGGGCUCGGCUGGGGGCAGGGCCGAGGUCACCCCGCCCCGGGGGGGGCCGUGGCCUGGGGGCCAGGCACCCUGGCGUCAGCCCCUGCGGGGUCUGAGGAGGUGGGCCUGGACCACCACUUUGUGCCCACCGAGCUGGAGCCUCAGGACGCAGCACCCCUGGGCCUGGGCCCUGAGGAUGCUGACUGGACCCAGAGCCUGCCCUGGAGACUCGGCGGGCCCCCCACCUGCUCGCACUGGCCGAGUCUCCCUCCUCCGUGGCAGGGGUUUCUCAAAGUGGACCUGCCCCCGGGGGAGCCCAUGGUGUUGGAGCUGGGCACCACCCGGGCGGUGGACCCUGCCGAGGCUGAGGCCUGCUUAAGGGACCUGCAGGUCAUCUCCAUGGUGGGUUGCUACGACGCCAUCUACCUCCGGAAGAUGACAGUAGGACGGACCCUGAGGACCCCGGGCCAGGGCUGGAAACUGCUGCUGGAGCCCGACGAGGUGUGGGUGGUGAGACUGCAAGACACGCCCCAGGAGCAGGACCUGCACAAGUGGAGGCUGAGCAUUCUGGAGUCCUCUCCUCCAGGGCAGACCGAAGAGCUGGUCCCUGCGGACUCUGCCCUGCUUAAGAGGGGAUUCACCAUCCUCUCUUACUCACCCUGGGCCAAAAGGGAGGCAGGGGAGGGGGCCUCCGCAUCCAGGCCACAGUCCUCAUCCUCCCAGGGACAGGGACCCCAGCACCGCUGA